AUGAACAUGUCAUCAAGUGAAAUUCUGCCUCACCAACUUGAGGACGAUUUUAGUGAUGAUGAUGAUUUGCUAGAACUUGAAACACUUGCUAUGAUGGAACGAGAUGGGAAACAAAAAAUUCCACAAAGAACAUGUCCUUUAUCAGGACAAGAAUAUACCACGUUUCUUUUGAAAUCCAAUCCACGUAACAUAAAGGAUAUUUUAUGUGUUGACAAACAUACAUUCAGAGCGUUGGCGGUCGAGCUAGUUCGAAGAGGACUACUUGAAUGGGAUCAGAAGAACCUCUUAGUCGAGAUGUCUUUGGAUAUAUUCUUGUACAUUUGCGGACAAAAUAUACGGGAUAGAGUUGUUGUUGACCACUUCCAGCGUUCUUUGGAUACUAUAAGCAAGCAUUUCAACAUCAUGCAUCGUGCAAUCUCGCUUCCAUUAUUAUUCGACCACCAAAUCUUCAAGAAAUGCCUCCUGAAAUUCUCCAUAAUGAAAGAUACUAUCCAUGGUUGGAAAGGUAGCGCCCACGAUGGACGUGUUUUCUCUGUGGCAGUGUUGAAUCCGGACUUUAACUUCCCACAUCCCCCAAUCAAUAUGUACUAUUUGGUCGAUUCUGGAUACAUAAAUAUGUCGGGCUAUCUGGCUCUGUACCGAAGACAACGAUAUCAUAGGGACCAAUGGGAUGGGGCCAAUAUAAUAUUUCACACACUGUACGAACUAUUCAACUACAAGCACUCGUCCUUGAGAAAUGUAAUUGAGAGAUACUUUGGGGUUUUGAAAAAGAGGUUUCCAAUACUAAAGGGUACGCCGAAUUAUGACAACGCUCAUCAACCAACAAUUGUUACGGCUUAUUGUGUUAUCCACAACUUUAUCUUAAUGCAUCAUGGGAUAGAUGAAUAUUUUGACGGUUAUAACGAAGAUGUCAAAUGGGAAGGAGAAACUGAUGAAGAGGUCGAUGAUGAUGUGGGUGAAGUAGAGCCUUUGAACACAUCUCAUGUGGGUUUGGAAUUGAUGGCGCAUAAGCGGGACCAAAUGGCUAUUGAAAUUUGGGAUGCAUAUUGA